AUGAAAUUGGUCUUAGGAUGUGUUUGCCACAGAUGCAUUUUAACAAGAGUGUAGAAUUUUUAUUCAUUUGGGUUUAGCUAUAUUACCCAUGAUAUUUGGGCCUUGAAUUUGGGUCCAUUAAAUCUCAAAAGAGAAUAAACUUUUGGGGUCAAAUUAUGAAUAAUCUAAAACACAGGCCAAAUUGUAAAUUUUUAUCAAUUUUCCCUUUGCUAAUCUCAUUUUCCGUCUCCAUUUCCCCUUUCUCUGCCAAACCCUCGGAAUCUCACUCAGACGCCAACGACUUCCCAGACGUCAGCUUGUUCGAAUUUCCGAUUUACAGAAGGAUGUCAGCAGAAGAAGCACCAUUUAGGCCGAGAGAGAAGCUUCUUGAGAAGCAAAGGUUUUUCCAAAACAUUCACAAGCACACGUAUUUGAAGGGCCGCUUUGAUAUUGUCACCUCAGUUGUCAUUCCUGCAGCACUUGCAGCUACCUGCACUUACAUGAUUGGGAGAGGUAUCUACAAUAUGUCUCAUGGGAUCGGCAAAAAGGAAUGAUUAUGUUUGUCUGGGUCAGGGCGUUCUAUGGUAGUGUCUGAAUGAUGAGAAGACAUCGAAUGAACGAUUUUGUGGUGUUUUGACUUCAAAUGAUAAUAAUGCACUGAGAUUCGAACAUCAUUGUUUAUUUUGUUUCUUGUUCUCUGUUCAAGAUCUUGUUCAUCUUCUAGUGUUCAUCCAGAUUCCAGUAUCAUAUCUACAAUCUGCUUUUGUUAUUUUGUUUCUUGUUCUCUACUCAAGAUCUUGUUCAUCCAGAUUCCAGUAUCAUGUCAGCAAUCUACUUUUGAUUCAUAGCGAACCAUUUCUGAAACUGCACCAGACGUUUGAG